CUCCCGGCCACAAGGGGUCGCCGCUGAGGCAACGCUGGCCCUCAACUCUCGCGAGAUCUGUUACUCUGUCGUGAAAAGUGUGUGUGGGUGGGUGCAAGAUCUCGCGAUAUUCCGAGAGACCCCUCCUGUAGUUCUGCACCGCCGCUUCCUGAAACGAGAGAGGCAGUGGAGCGCUGCACGAACCGGGACCAGAAGCGAACCCGCCGAGCCGAGCCGAGCCCAGCCCAGCCCGCACCCAGCCCGCAGCUCCUGGGGAGACACGCCGCCGCGCACCCCCGCUCGAUAGUGACACAGGCCGCGUAGCCUCGGGCUCGAGUACCUCGCUUCCCCGGGACUGAUCCCCCAGGCCACAGCCUCUGUCUGGGUGACAGGGAUACCGCUCUGUUUAGAAUAAUUUACAAGUGAAGGGGUUUUUGGUUGUUUCUUUUGGUGAUAGCAUAAUGUUGUUUUUCAAAGCACGGUUUAGUUAAAAAAAAAAAAAUAAUAAUAAUAAUAAUAAUAUUAUAUUAUUGUUUUUUUUUUUUUUUUUAAAGGGCGCUUCUGUGAAAAACAGGAGUAUUAUAGUGUGGCGGAGAGGUCUGUUUGUUUACAAACAGUGCAUUUUGUGAAUUAAGAUUGAAAGCAAAAAUUCCAGUGAAGAGUGAUUUCUCGUGUCGUGACACCUUUGUAAGCAACGCGUGAUCGAGUCGUACCCUGAAGAGGUCUCUGUCAGGAGAGCCAAGCUGAGCACUGGUGUGCUGUGGGGGGGUUGACUGACCCCGGUCAAGUUGCAGAAAAUCAAGUACAAUUAAUAAAUGAGUCGCACUGCGUUAUUAACAUUGUUAUAAAUACAGAAAUUUUCCGGAGCCACGAGAAUUUAAAAAAAUAUCCGCAGCAUCGAUUUAACAACAAAGAAUAUAGAUAUAGAUAUAUAUCUAACACGAGAAGCACCGGGCUCGCUGCAGAGAUGCCUGCGAAGAGGAAACCGGUACCCCCGGCCUUAAACAUCACCCCUUCAGCGGGGGAAGGAACGCCUCCGACAACCUCGAUCGAAGCCGCCUCCGAGGCUAACCUGGAGGCCCUGCAGAAGAAGCUGGAGGAGCUGGACCUGGACGAGCAGCAGAAGAAGCGUCUCGAGGCGUUCCUCACGCAGAAGGCCAAGGUGGGUGAGCUGAAGGAUGACGACUUCCACCGGAUCUGCGAGCUCGGUGCGGGCAACGGGGGCGUGGUCACCAAGGUGCGACACAAACCCUCGGGGCUCGUCAUGGCCAGGAAGCUCAUCCACCUGGAGAUCAAGCCUGCGAUCCGGAACCAGAUCAUCCGGGAGCUGCAGGUGCUGCACGAGUGCAACUCCCCCUACAUCGUGGGCUUCUACGGGGCCUUCUACAGCGAUGGGGAGAUCAGCAUCUGCAUGGAGCACAUGGACGGCGGCUCUCUGGAUCAGGUACUGAAGGAAGCCAGGAGAAUCCCGGAGGAGAUCCUUGGAAAAGUCAGCAUAGCGGUUCUCCGAGGCCUGGCCUAUCUCAGGGAGAAGCAUCAGAUCAUGCACAGAGAUGUCAAGCCCUCCAAUAUCCUGGUGAACUCUCGCGGGGAGAUCAAGCUGUGUGAUUUCGGGGUGAGCGGGCAGCUCAUCGACUCCAUGGCCAACUCCUUCGUCGGGACCAGGUCCUAUAUGUCUCCGGAGCGCCUGCAGGGGACGCACUACUCUGUGCAGUCGGACGUGUGGAGCAUGGGCCUGUCCCUGGUGGAGCUGUCGAUCGGGCGCUACCCCAUCCCCCCGCCCGACGCCCGCGAGCUGGAGGCCGUGUUCGGCAGGUCGGUGGGGGCCGGAGCCGACGGAGCCCCCCCCAGCACCUCCCCCAGACCCAGACCCCCCGGCAGGCCUGUGAGCGGCCACGGGAUAGACAGCCGCCCCGCCAUGGCGAUUUUCGAGCUGCUGGAUUACAUCGUCAAUGAGCCUCCUCCCAAACUUCCGCACGGAGUCUUCACCCCGGACUUCCAGGAGUUUGUCACCAAAUGCCUCAUCAAGAAUCCUGCAGAGAGGGCUGACCUGAAGAUGCUAAUGAACCACACAUUCAUCAAGCGCUCCGAGGUGGAGGAGGUUGACUUUGCCGGCUGGUUGUGUAAGACGAUGGGACUGAACCAGCCCAGCACCCCGACCCGCACUGCAGUGUAGAGGGGCAGCAAGCCGGCCACGGGGAGGGAGGCGCUCAGCUGCCCUGUGUCUGUCUGUCUGUACAGUGCUAGGAUCCACCACUCCUUCUCCUCCUCCUUGUUACUCCUCCCCAGCCCCAGCAAGUUGCUCAUUCUUUCAUUCUUUCUUUCUUUCUUUCUUUCUUUCCUUCCUUUUCAGGCAGUCGAAAUAUGUCUGUCAUUUAAAUUUAUUACGUUUCUUUCCGUGGCUCUAAAUUCAACAGCGUUGAGCGUUUUUGUAAUAGUUAUGGGUGAUCCAGCUGUAGUUGACGUUCUCUCAAGCCAGUCUGUCCCCCGUGCUUGUCCCCCACCGGGUGCGAGGAAGCGGGCUAGUGCCGAUGGGGACCCUCCUUUUUAUUCAGAACUUUUCUCCUGUUCUGUGUAAAGUCCGGAACAGGCAGGCUUGAGGCAGAUGUCUCUGCUGCGUCUCUCUCUCUCUCUGUCUGUCUCGUUUCAGUGCUGGUGUGUUGUGUGUUCUCUCCCUCUCAGCGUGAGCUGGGUUGUACUAUCUUAGUGUGGUGGGGUGGGGUGGUGGGUGGGGGGGGGGGGGGGUGGGGGGGGGGGGGGGGGGGGACUUGAGCUCUUGUACAGAAAGGGGUUUGCACUCCCCCACCCCCACCUCACCGACCCGCAUCUUCAGACAAGUUCAUCAAAACAAUAAGUUGAGAGUGAGGUUCUAGCGCAGACGCCUGAUAAUCUCUCCUAGCGCGGGACAGUCUGCUUGUCUGACCACAAACAAACCUCUUUAACUCAUGGAAUGUUUCUUGGGUUUAAUUAUCUUGCUGUUUCAUUUUUUUUUCCCCACCCCACUUCAUUGUUUUGAUCUGGGUGUACUUACCGUUUUUUGAUUUUUGUAACGACAAUAUCAGAGUGUGAAUCCGCCUCGACGAAAAUCACAACAAAAACGUGCAUCAGACUUUUUUAAUUUCAUUUUUUGACAAGUAAAACGUAGAUUGAAUGUAUAAUUUAAGUAAAGUGUUAAAAAAUAAUAAUAAUAAUAAUAAUAAUAAUAAUAAUAAUAAUAGUAAUAAUAAGGUGGUGAUUUCUGUUCUUGUCUGUGGUGUGAAGCAGUGCUCUGUGUUUUGACUCUCGAAGUGGAGGUGAUGAACAGGGCCGGGAUCGUUCUUGUUUUUCGGUUCCAUUUGAAAGUCAAGUUGAUGUUUUCGAGACGUCUCCAGUAAUUGUUGCUGCUUGUUCCGCUGCUUCCAUCUUCAGUUCCAGUCAUUGGCUGUCGCUGUGAGGGAUGUCCUGGAAUUGAUUAAAAAUGGGAUUUUCGGAACAGAUUCUAAAAAACUGGAAUUGAGAAACCGGAAUUGUCCUGAGUCCUGGACGAUGACUCUUUGUGUCCAAUCCUGUGUGAUUCAGGAUCAAGUGCUUUUAGCGAGUCUCGCAUGUGGGACGGCUUUCCCCUCUCCUCCCUUUUUUUAAAAGGUUUUUGUUUUCUGUUUACCCCCCCCCCCCCCCCCCCCCCCCCCCCCUUUGCUGUGCUUGGAUUUCAAAGGGUUACUGAAACAUUGUUUGUAAAAGGUGUUGUUUUUUUUUUUUUUUUUUUUUUUUCCCCCGAUAUUGGUAAUAAAUGGCACUUUACAUCGCAACAAAAAAAGAAA